AUGUCGAAAAGCGAGCUAGCUUGUGUCUACGCAGCCCUAAUGCUAGCUGAUGACGACAUAGAUGUCACAGCUGAUAAAAUCAAUACUAUAUUAAAGGCUGCCAAUAUCAAGUUUGUGGAGCCGUAUCUUCCUAACCUUUUCGCAACUGCUUUGAGUGGAAAGAACAUCAAGGAUCUGCUGAUGUCUAUGGGUUCGGCGGCGCCUCCAGCAGCUACCGCACCAACUGCAGCCCCAACUGCAUCUGGGGCUCCUGAGAAGGCGAAGGAACCUGUUAAAGAAGAAAAGCCAGUAUCAGAUGACGAUUCGGACGGGUCGAUGGGCUUCGAUUUGUUCGGUUAAUAUGUUAAUCGUAUAGUAAACAUUUUGUACGGUCGGAAAAAAAAA